UCUAAGUGGCGACACUGACCAAAUGAUCACAAAUCUGAACGGUGAACCAUUCUCAAUUGACUUGUAGUCAUCGCCUGUCACCAUUCCUCCAUCGUAUCAUCAUCAUCAUCAUCAUCCUCUCCCUCUCCGCGUGUCCUGCCUCCGGUGGGAUAUCCAGGGCCUGUCUUCAUUCAGGCUUAUUAUCUACGGAGUCCGGCUCAACCCGCCUGUGAGUUCCUAUCCUUGGCUGGCUUGCAUCAUGCCCUUACCGGUGAGUCGGAAGCUGGUGGACCCAUGCUUCGACAAGUUCCGAGCCAUGUGGAUGGAAAACGCCUUCUGUGACGCCCUCAUCAUGGCCGAAGGGGAUCCCGAAGCCAUCACCAUCAAAGCCCACCGCGUGGUCCUGUCCGCCUUCUCCUCAGUGCUCAAACACAAGUUCCUGGACCAGCCCGACCCCAGCCAAGUCAUUCGGGUCAAGUACAUCGACUACAACGGCCUCAUGUUCGCCCUCCGACUCAUGUACGAAGGUUGCGUCAAGAUCCCCGAUGGCGACCUGGAAGGUUUCUUCCAAGUGGUCCGAUCCUUGGCCAUUAAGACCGGCGAGCCCGAGCUCGACACGCUCAUCUACGAUCAGGAUAUCGCCGCCAUUAUGUCGGCCCACCCGUCCACUGCCGCUGCCAGCUCUGCCAAGCCCAAAUUUCAGGGCGUUUUGGAACGGGUGAGUGGAUCGCAUCGGAUUAUCAAACCCGAAUCCGACAAGAGCGCUGUCUCGUCGAGUCAGAGUGCCCAGCGACCGCCCGAUUCUUCUCACGGGUCGUCUACCGAGGCCACGGUCCGUCCCCGAGUCGAUUUGCGGGUACCGCCACCCGGAUUGGUUCGGCCCACGCAAUCCCAUGUGUUCAACGAGCUGCACGAUCAUACCAUGGAACAAUUUAAAAUCAAUCGACGGCCCGAUGGCACGCGCAAUGUCUUUCGACCCGAUACCAAUCGCCCCGCGGAACCGCCUACCCCUGGAGGAGGACUCAAUAGUGGCCGCGUGUUUUUGAACCGCACCGUACCUUUGCCUGUGAAUGGUGGGCCAAUUGGCACCUUGGGUUACACUCAACCUUCCGCUGAUCGCCACAAUUUGUCGCUACCCGCUAUGAACGAACCGCCACCUCCGGUUAGCCGUCACGUAUUUCUCAACCCCGAAGAUAAUCUAUAUUGGCUGGAGGCCCGGAACGAGGUCUCGACCGGCGAGCACGCCGUCAAGGACAAAUUUGGCGAAUUUGGCUUGCAACGGAUCGCGGGUGAUUACGAAGCUGACCAAUGUCUGUACUUGGCCUUCAACUCAGAGGCCCAGACCUUGGCCGCCAUGCAGGUCUUGGAAUUCGAGAUCAAGCUCACUCCUGUUAGGAGACCUCCAGCCAAUAUUGCUAGCCUUUGGUUGAACCCUCAAUCUGGUGGGAUGAGUCGAAGUGGCCCUCCGCCCGCAUUUUCAUCAGCCGCAGGUGGACCUCUGAAACGGGCCCGACCCACCUCCGAAGCCUUAAAGAUAUUUGCACCUCAUUGCGUGAACAAAGCCGCCGUUCUCAGACUUUUGCGGAAUAACGGCAUCAUGCUACCGCAGACUGCGCCACUCAUCUUUGAUCAAGGGUAUUGUACUAUUCCCUUGGGACCGUCAGAUUUGGAUUCUGCCAUUAGGAAAUUCAGCGAUAAACGGCACAAUGGUGUCCCUUUGAACCCGGAGCGCGUGUCUCUUCCAGGUUAAAUGAAACAGCCUCGAUUGCAUCUUCGAAAAAAAUGGAGCUUUAUUUUGUUAUGUACCACACGGAAUAUAAGAGCUUAUGAUCAACUCAAA